AACUCUCAAAGUUGGCAAAACAUAGCUAAUUCACAGGGUUUUCUCCAAAAAUCACACAACAAUAAAUUAACAGUCGAUCACAUAAAUUCCACUUAAAUCAAGCUAACUCAUGGUCCUAAAGCUACCGGAAUUCCUCCCAUUUUCCGCAAGCAAGGCUGGAGCUAGCGGGUUGGGGGAGGCCGGUGGCAGUGCAGGGAACUCACGGGGCUGGCAAAAAUUGAAGGAACCGAGAGCAAUUAAGCAAGAGCAGCAACCGGACAGAGCAGAGCAGAGCAGAUCCGGAUUCUGCAGAGCGGUGGGGGAAAUUUCUGGGUUUACUAGGUGUCUAGAACAAGAAAAUAGGGAGAAAUCCCAAAGCUUUGCCAGUGUUUCUGGCCGGAAAUGGGUGGCGGUGGCUGGGGAGCUUCGGUCGGCCGCACGGGACGGAGAGAAGAAGAAAGGUUUGGCAUGCAACACUAAUAUCAGGUUCAACAUGGUAAAGGAGACAAAGGAGUUCCCUGCAAUAGUAACCUUAGAAGAUGUGGUUGAGGAGAUUGUUGGAGAAAUCUUUGAUGAAAAUGAUUCAAAGAUAUUAGCUGCAAAUGCCCAAAAGCUUAGUGCUGUUCGUUUUGAGCAGAUAAACAAAUGGGGAAGCAAUGUCAGAGGCCAAAGAUGUAACUCGAUUGAUUCCCAAAAUCAUGAAGAGGAAAGGGAACGGUGACAAAUUUGAUAACAUUACCUAUGAUGAGAAUGCAUUUCAGAAGAGAUAAGAGAAUUGCCUUUCUGAUUACCAUGUAGUUCUGAAGAUACAUAAGAUAAUGGCCAUUAGCUACAUUGCAUAUUCUGUUUUCUUUUUCUUUAGCACCUUUUUUUCCUUCCCAUAUUCUUACUGCCCCAUGAAGAAGAAAUGGAAGGAAACCGCAGGAUUACUAGCUUGGAUAAGCCUCCAGAAGCCUCCCAAAAGCCCCAUUUUGUUCUCCUAUGCCUUCCUCUUCCACCUCCAUCCUUUUCUUCCUUCUUUCUCCCAACCAAGGUUAAGGUGCUUUUAUUAGAUCAGUAGAUCGAGGUAGCAGCCUCUUGGUUUAUGAGCUUUUGGCACGGGAUUCGCAUGCUCGUUGUAUGUACCAACUAAGGCCUCGUGUUUUCGAUAGGGAGGCAGAUCGAUGUGUUACCAAAACCAUGACUUAGCUUUUGUUUUUUGAAAAGCUUUGAAGAAGAAUUUGCCUCGUAUAAUUUUUGUGUAAAUUACCUUUAUGUAUAAAAUCUUUAAAUUAAU